AUGAAUCUAAAUGCAACAUUACCAUCCACGGCUGCUAAUCGUGCUUCGGUGGAUUUGGAUUCAUCCAUGCUGAACAAUAGUAUCGGUGCGCCAACGCCGAAGUCAGUUCAAUCGGAGAUGACGAAAACACCUGUACCUAUACCUCACUUUACGACACCCGAAUGGGUUCACUGUGAAGUUUGCAAACGACGCGAACAUAAUGGCACGAGCAAUACUCGAUUACCAUUAGCUUAUUGUCAUCCAUGUGGCCAUAUCAUUUGUCGAGAUUGUGUCAUGGAAUCCAUGAACAACAACAACAACAACAACAACACUUGCAUAAUCUGUUCGAAAUCUACGCAUAUCUAUCCAAUUAAUUCUAAUUUGCCACCACAGAUAAAAGUUUUAUUUAUACCACGCCAUGAACUGAUUCAUGUUACUGAAGUUCAAGUACGCGAACAAAUCUGUAAACUUUAUGCCAAUAUGUACAAACAGCUAUUUGAUGUGUUUGAUUAUCAAGAUUCGAAAUGGAAUCAACUAAUGUUGCAUAGAAUCGAAUAUAUGAGACAAAUGAAUAAAAUCAAGAAGGGAAUGACGGAGUUGGAAGAAACAAAACGUAUCAACAAAGAGUUAGUUAAGAUUUUCCAUGAACACGAACAAAUUCAUCGUCAAGAUGCUCGACAUUAUCAACCGACUACUCCGUCAGUACGACCAGCCUCUGUCGCAUCAUCAGUAUCAUUAAACUUCGGACCACAGCAACGACAACAAAUGAAUCCCAGCGCCUCAUCAAUUACGAAGCCGAUGGCUAUGGGUACAUCACCAAGUCCUCAUUUUCAUCAUCAUGUUCCUCCACCUGAAUCGGAUAAAUUAAUGACUUAUGAACAAGCAAUGAUCUACGCUCAUCCAUCGUUGAAAGAUGCUUUACGAUUAGCACAUCGUCGCAAAAUGACAUCGAAAAAUAGUGGACCUAUUACUUCGAAAUAG